AUGGGUUCCAGACAGCACGUCCGGGAUAUCAAAAGCGGUCCCCCGCUCCACUACACGGAUGAUAUCAGAGCAUACAAGAAAGAGUAUGCUGAGGCUCUCGAUGCGCAAGAUCCGCUUCGGUCUUUCCGGGAUGAGUUCAUUAUCCCAUCUAAAAAGGACCUGACGAGAAAGACACUCGCUGUUGAUGAGGGCGAUGAAGCAUUGGACCCAAAAUGCAUCUAUUUCUGCGGUAACUCACUGGGUGUUCAACCUUACAGCACUCGCAGAUAUAUCGAGCAGUAUCUACGAACUUGGGCAACCAAGGGCGUGACUGGGCACUUUGUGCCACAUGAAGAUCAAUUACUGCCUCCUUUUGUUGACGUGGACACUGCAGCCUCCAAACUUAUGGCUCCUAUUGUAGGUGCCUCUAAUAGUGAGGUGGCGGUAAUGGGCACCUUGACUGCCAAUUUACACCUGUUAAUGGCAAGCUUCUACCGUCCAACAAAAGAGAAGUUCAAGAUCAUCCUGGAGGGCAAGGCCUUUCCCAGUGAUCAUUAUGCAGUCGAGUCUCAAAUCCGUCAUCACAACUUUGACCCGAAGGAGGCCAUGGUUUUGAUCGAGCCCGAGAAUCUCGAUAUGCCUACAUUGAGUACGGAACAGAUCCUCAAAAUUAUUGAUGACAAUGCUUCCAGUACGGCACUUGUACUCCUCUCGGCUAUUCAGUUCUACACAGGACAGUACUUUGACAUCGAACGGAUCACGGCGCACGCCCACUCAAAGGGAAUCAUGAUCGGCUGGGACUGUGCCCAUGCCGCAGGAAACGUGGAUCUUCGUCUUCACGAUUGGAACGUGGACUUUGCAGCCUGGUGCAAUUAUAAGUAUCUAAAUAGCGGACCGGGUGGAAUAGCAGGUCUAUUUGUCCAUGAACGCCACGGCCGCGUAGAUGAGAAACAGCCCGACAGUGACGAGACAUUCCGUCCUCGAUUCUCUGGCUGGUGGGGUGGAGACAUCAAAACACGCUUCAAUAUGGAAAACAAAUUCCAACCACAACCCGGAGCGGCUGGUUUCCAGCUGUCGAACCCCUCUGUUCUGGACAUUAAUGCUGUCGUCGCAUCCCUCGAGAUUUUCAAUCGAGCAACAAUGAAAGAGAUCCGGCAAAAGUCCUUGAAUCUGACAGGCUAUCUGGAACACCUGUUACUCAAGUAUCCUCUGGAUGCACCGCCCGAAGAUAAGCCGUUUACCCUUAUCACACCCUCAAACCCAGCCGAGCGAGGCGCUCAGCUCAGUCUGCGUCUCCAGCCAGGAUUGUUAAAUCAUGUCCUGCAUCAGUUGGACCAGAACGGGGUGGUUAUUGACGAGAGGAAGCCAGAUGUUGUGAGAGUUGCCCCUGCGCCGUUGUACAACACCUACGCCGAAGUGUGGGAAUUCUCUCAGAUAUUCUUGCAGGCGUGCAAAGAUGCAGUCAAAGCCCGCUGA